CAUGAUUCAAGGAAGAUCAAAAAAAGAACAUCAAGACGAAGGCCAUUGGGUGGGCUAAAAAUGUGAAGACGGCCGUACUUGCGGUCGUAAGUGUCGUGCCAACAUGAUGUCGGACGACGACUACUGCUCGGAAGUGCCGCACUUCCGCCGGUACUUGCCGUACCCAAGUCUACUCCUAAACAGCACCGAGGACACUUCCAUCAAUGAGCUCGAGCGCCAGCUUUUACCAACAGAGGCCGCGAGGAAGGUGUUUCGAAGGCUCCUCCAAGCCCUGUAUAAGCCCCAGAAGCUCUCCGCGCUGUUUGCGAAGCGGGCCGAGGACCGACACUUCGUCGACACCAUGACGAAGCACUGUUUCGAAAAGAACCAGGCGAACUUGUUGCGAAAAAAUAAAUCAACCAGGAUUUUUUCAGACACCAGAGAAGCGGGAGUUGUAAAUGACGACUCUUCUUCAUACGGGAGGUUCCACGACUGGGUUGAUAAGGAGUACCCCACGGUUUUGGGGAAACAAGAUUUGAGCGGAAGGGUGGUCGUUGGGACAACGAGGGAAAGUUCCUCCAGUACGAGCAAAGCAACCACGUCGUCGCCAACAACUCAGAUUGCAUCCAAAGGCAAAAAAGCCGUCGUAACCUACUUCGCUCCUUCGACCACUGCAAAAAUCUCUGCCGACGCGAUGAACUGCCUGCAGCUUUCCGCAUUGGCCGGCUCGGGUGAACAAAUUCCGGAGUCGAUCAAAGCCAAGCUGGAUUCCAAACAGUACGAGGUAAUGUGGGGCGCGGACUGUGAGGAUAG